UAGUGCAUCCGAAUACACCAUGUCUCCCUUAGCAUUCCUGUAUAAUAUAAUUUAUCUUAUUUAGUCUCUUCGUGUGCGUAUAAAUCAAUAAUAUACUGUGUACAUAAUUAUCAUGCGAUGCGCUACCCUUUCUAGUGUAAGAUUUACACAUGAUCACUGAUCGCACGAGUUAUUUUAUAUCGCGACUUUUUCAAGUUCUUCCAAGCCGUUUGCGUUUUUGGAAGCAGACAUUUUUUUGAAAGUUUCUUGAUUAUCAUCGCACGCUAUAAUUAGAAUUGAGUGAGUACUUGUAUUUUCUCUGGGUUUCAUGGAAUUAUAAAUAUUUUGGAUAGGUAGUUCGGGCAAGUAUUUCCGAAUACCGAAUACCCGAACGGCUAAAUAAAUCCUUCGGUUUUACAGCUUACUCUCACCGAGAUACCUUUCUCUUUUAAUCACAGACUAAGGAUUCAUUAAUUUCGGAAGUGUUACUGAACUGCGUUGAAUUGUUUGAAUCACAAAACCCGUUUCUCAUUGCUUGUCGUUAAUUUUUCUGAUGUUGGAAAUUCGAAUGAAACGGACGAGUGAAGGAGCACGAGGAAUGCAUUGGGUUAUCCCCGUCCUGGUGCUAAAAAAUAUUCAUUAGACGGGUGAUUCUGGAAAGGCUGUUCUAAAAUUGACUAUUAAUAAACCAAUACCUACCUGUGCGGCCAGGAAGGUCCGUCUUCAGCUUUUUCGCGGGGAGUGGCGCACAGCCUGGCGUCAGUUGCGCCGACCAAGUCGGAAAAGCGUGCAACGUUAGUCCCGUUUUUCGCGCCAGCUGGCCCGGAAUGCCAUUUAUCCGUCUUCUCUCUCCGGUGGGAGGUGGGACUCCAGUGCACCAUUAAGGGAUUUGGCCCGGUCAGUAUGGAUUCGCCUCAGGGAUCGAUGCCGCGGUAUCGGCCGUUGCUGGUGGAUGCCAACCAGAUGAGCUACCAGAACACGGUCGUCGUCCGUAAUCCCGAUGGCUCGUGGUGGCUGGGAUAUAUUCAGGAUAUGGACGGCGACCGCGCCUUCAUCCAUUUCGACUCCACAAAGGCCAACGCGCGAUGGAUACACAUGGGCAGCGUCUGGCCGCUGCCGUUCUAUGACGAGGAGCCCGAAGAGAACGGUUCCGAGAACGUCCCGGCGUACGUGGCACUGCGCGAUGAAGACGACGGCCCGUUGCGCUUCCGCGCGACCGUCCUCUUGGGUCACCUUACUAGCUGCAACAACUGUGACAUGUUCUGCAUCAAAUCCGCGGCGCCCAUCAGCAGUGUCCAAGCAACAGCCGCUUCGGUGGAAGUUGUGGAGAUGGGUCAAGUGGCCUUUUGCUUGCCGCCCAGUGAUCCGCCCCUGCUGGAGCGCCGUAGCGGGAUUAUCUAUUCCAAAUACUUUAUUCCCUUCGCCCGCGCAUCCAGUGCCCUGCGCGAUGCCUCCGAUAAAUUCCGCAUCAUCAAACACUUCCGCAAUGCUUUUGAUAGCAACGAUGGGUUGCUUGAUCUGACCGACCGUUGUCGCUUUCAUCUGCGCAUCGAGCGGGAUGGCUGUAUGUUCAUCACCAUCAACGUCGCCCAACAGCGUUGGGACCCGCCGGGGAUCACGGCGCCGGCCCUGUUGCAAGUGCUGGACACGCAUCUGGCCAGUCGGGAUACUCUACCGGCCAUCGGUUGCGGACAGUUUCGAGCCAGCGAGGAUAUCUCCUGCGCAGACGGUUGGGAAAACGAUGCGAUGCAGUCGGCCGCCCACAUCGGUCAGCUGACGCCGUGGCUCAUGAGCGGCGUCCUGGCACAUCUGGAUCUGCAAUCACAAAUGACGGCCAAACGGGUGUGCGCUCUGUGGCAGUUGCUGCUGAGCAGUGCGCAGAUGACACUGCACAUCAGCAUCAACAUGGAAAACUGCUACCGGCUGCAAGAGCACAGCAACCACUGCUUCAAACUGGCGGCGCUGCUCUGCCGCUCGAUCCAUUCCACCACGAUCAGCCUCACCUUCCUCAACGUUUUUCCCCCGUUGUACGGGCUAUUUAUUAGGCCGUUGCUAAAAAUCAUGAAAAUCCGACUGCCGUUGAUCGUUUUCAAAGGCCAGAUCGUCUCCGGAGACGUAACGAUGGCGGGACAGAGGGAGCACCGGCUGAAGCACCCGGCAACCUAUGUCCCAACGGAGUGCAAGCACGUCUGCGAAGUCGUGGCGCUGUACAACUGGAAAGUGUCCAGACUGUUCGGCCUGCCAACGUUUCGGUUGUUCCGGUACUUAAACUUUCAAGGUGUCCUGCGCUGCCUGCCCGAACACGAACUAAGAUUCAUGAAGGACCUGACAUGGGAGUCGCACGAACUGGCCAUCGACAAGCUGGAGAUCCGCAUUCCGCGGCUCCUUCUGCGAUGCAGCGACGGCCGAAUGCACAUGGCCAGUCGCUUCAUGUGCGCCGUCAACGACUGCUUUCCGCCGGUCACCGCGGAGAUGCUGGCAAAGGUCGCGGCGGUGCAUGCGCGUUGGGUGGUGACUCUGGCCUACCCGGAAGAGUGGCAGCCCGUUCGCAACUAUCUUCUCGUGUUCAGUGGCUUCCAUGCCGACGGCAGCCCGCGAUCGUGGGAGGAUAUUGACUUACGGGCCGUUGAUGUUUCCACGCUGAGCAAACUGGCCAUCUACGGCAUCAACGAAGUGUUCGCUGUGUGAGACCAGCAGCACGUCCUUUGUCGACCAUCACGCUCUGCUGUGGAUAAAAUUUUCUGCCGUAUUUAAAAACUGAAUCUUAACGCGGAAUACUUCUAGCGCGAACAGUGUCAAACUGCAACUAUGAAUGUAACUCCAUGUCUCGAUAUAACAUUUCUGUGAAAACAUAUCACGUGAUCUUCUUGAAUCUUAUGCAUGGAUUACAAGUUUUUGUACGGUUUUCUUUAAGGUUUGCAUCAUUGCGUCGCUUGCUACUCGGAGUAUCGUGUAAUGUUCUCGUU